GAAUUUCUGAAAUUUUAAAUCUGGGAAUAUCUUUUUUUUCCCCUCCGUGAACAUGGAAAAAUAUUUAUAUCGUGUGCUUAUAAAAGCUAUUAGUUUAAAAGAUAUAUUUAAACUUUAUAUGUUUUAGUGAAGCAGUAGUUAGAUCUAUCAACAUUGUUUAUAUACAAUAUAUUUUCUUAUUUAUUACGCUCAUGUUUGCGCAUUUAUAAUUGCUUUUAUCAUAUUUGCAAAAGCAUCAGCUAGUUUUUAAUAUCAGUUUCUCUAAUAGUAAUAAAAAAUAUAGCAGACCAAGAAACUUACCUUUUUUGUCACUAUUCUUUACUUUUAUUUAUUUUUAAAGUUCCUUUUCGCGCUUUUUUUUCUAAUAUUUUUUUUAGAUUUAACAAUAAGUGGUAAUCAUCUCAAUGUUAUAUCAGACAUGGUAUGCAAUAUGGUACACUUUGUUUAAAAACAUUGGCGAUCACUAUUAGAAUCGGCCAGCGAUAACAGUCAGUCGAAGGCUAUUUGCGCUAGUAGUUGCAGCGAAAUGUUAACGAUCCUUUUUUUCCCGUUUUAUUUCAUAGUGCCGAGACAGAUCAUCGCGCAAUUUUUGAAUUUAUCGUCGAAUGACCUCGCCACGCAUAUUUUUGUGGAUGACAAUAUAGAAUAUAUAUUUUGCGGAUAUCGUGUAACCUGGGACGAGGCUCGAGUAAUUUGUUUAAAUUAUAAAGCCGAGCUUGCGACAGUGGAUACUGAUCGAAAGGCUCGAAUUGCAAUCCACGCGAUCGUCGAUAAUGAUUUGCCGAUUUAUGAUAAUCUAUGGAUUGGAGGACGGGAAGAUUCUCUCGGUGCCUGGUUCUGGAUCUCAAACGGGAAUAAGGUGAUUCUAAAGAGCGCAUCAUAUCGAAAUAUUAGUUUAUGGUAUCCGAAUUCUUCUAAUGAGGAUUUACAACAGUGCCUGAGCAUAGACAGAUUACAUCACAAGGAAUCAAUUUUUGUUCCAUUGCGAUGCAAUCAACGAAGAUCUUUUAUCUGCCAAAGAGGUAGAUAAUUUUUCAUCUAGAAUAGUUUGCCAUAUCUGAUAUUACUUGCAUGCGUUAUCAUAUUGAAAAAUAAUUUUUAUUAUUUCAUUAUUAUUAUGAUAUAGAUUAUAUUUAUCCAAAGUGAUAAUAUAAAUGUAGAAUUUAUACAUAUCAUAAUAAACAAUAGCGAUUUAAAUCUAUUGCUAAUGUGUUAAAUACAUUGCUAAAUGAAUUAAUUGUUUCUUUUUUAAUGUACAGAUAGAGAUCAAUCCAAUGGUAAAAGUACCAAGAUGAUGGGUUCCACUCUCAUGGAUGAAGAAGAAUUCAUGUUAUACUCAACAAAACUCACUUGGCCAGAAGCUGUUGUUCACUGUCGGAAGGAGGGUUUGCAGAUCGCUGAAGUCAAAACAAUGUCACAAGCUCAAUCCUUGGCAUUCCUCAUGAUACGAGCCC